AUGUCUGCUAAAGCUAUUGUUCUAAAGAGUGUUUUUAAUUUAACCGAAUACUACAAGAUGCCCAUUCAAAAUGACAUGGACGACUAUACUCGUUGUAUGGUCGAGGGUGAUGACUCCAUGUGGUGUUCGACAUAUACAAUCAUCAAACCUAAUCGAUCGAACGAGGUCUGGAAUAUCAUUGAAAAAUACUCAAAUGACACUAAACGACAUUACAGGCAUGAUUUAGUUCAAAAAGGUGUUUGUAUUAAAUGGUGUUUAGAUAAGCUUAAGAAUUAUGACAAUGAGACACUGAAGUCGCUGUACGUUGAACCCUUUGACUUUGGAGAUCAAUAUCAUCCGGACUUUACAUUAUACUACAAUGCUACUCAGUACAAGGAAAAGUACGAUUAUUACGUGUCAAUUUGCAGAAAUAUCGAAUUAAUGGAAGAAUAUGGACUUCAAGGUCAUAGCGGAAUUUAUUACUGCCAUACAGAAUUGGAAGAUAAGAGUCCAGAUGUGUAUGAUUGGGCUUUUGUUGUAGUGGUUGGCAUCAUUUUAUUGGUUCUUCUUAAUGGAACUGUCUUGGAUGUAUUUUUGAAUAAGAAGCAAGACAUACAACAUUAUGAAAAUUCCGUGAAGCAAUAUGAUCUUCCAAUUCGUCUUUUACUGGCUUUUUCUAUCCCUCGAAAUUGGUAUCGCUUAAAAGCUCGUCCAAAAUCUCAAGAAGCCCGCGAUCUACGGUACAUUCAAGGACUUCGUAGCAUAACAACUGUCAUAAUUAUCAUUGGUCACGUAACAAUAGUGUAUGCCAUGGGUCCAAUUGUCAACACGGAGUACUUUGAAGGACAAUUUUACCACAUUUGGGAAGCUUUUUAUACCAGUGGAAUGAAUGUCGUUCAAACGUUCAUCGCUAUUUCAGGUUUCUUGAUGGGAGUUCAAUUUUUCGACUUGACAGAAAAGAAGAAAUUCAACUUUAACUACUUCUGGAUCGCUAUCAUCUAUCGUUAUAUUCGUUUAACGCCCAUGUAUGCUCUAGUUAUUUUCUUCGAAGCAACUUGGCAAUACAAACUUGACGAUGGACCAUUAUGGAAAUUAAUUACAGAAGGAGAAAAAAGUUAUUGCCGUCGUAAUUGGUGGGCUAAUUUGUUGUACGUCAAUAACUACGUGAAUGCGAAUCAAGCUUGUCUUGUGCAAUCGUGGUACUUGUCAGUUGAUUUCCAGCUUUUCAUCGUUGGAUUAUUGGUUGUCAUGGCAAUGUGGAAAUAUCCGCAAUAUCGAAACAAAAUUUUGUAUGCUUGUCUCUUCAUUUCGUACACAAUUCCAGCUGUUGUGACUUACGUGUUGGAACUUGAUGGAGUCUUCACUUUGACGCCGCAUGAACGAAAAUUCAUCUACAACUCCGAGUCCAAGGGCUUCCUUUAUUAUUACAUCCCGGCUCACACGAACGCUGGCAAUUAUUUCGCUGGACUUGGCAUGGCUCUUCUCUACAAUUAUUUCAAGAAAAAUCGCAUUGAUAUUAGCAAGUACAAGUCUUUUGUUUUUGGAUUUUACGCCAUUUUUCCAAUAGGACUUUUAGCUUGGUUAUCGGCUUUCUUAUUCUAUACUUACGAAUUUGAAAAACCCGCUUUGUGGAUUGCUCUCUUCGCUGUUUUCUCAAAAAAUAUUUGGGGCAUCUUAGGAGCCUUCUUGAUGUUCGGCUUCAUUGGAGGCAUCGGAGGAAUCAUCAGACGAAUGUUUUAUAUGCCAAUUUUCGGAUCAAUUGGUCGGUUAACGUACUGCAUUUACUUAAUUCACAUGUGCGUUUUUCGCUUCUUAAACGGAGAUAUAAAACGAUGGCCAAGUGUUAGCUGGGAACCGAUGUUACAGAACACAUUUGCUACAUUCACUUUGUCACUCUUACUAGCCAUCGUUCUCUGUGUAACGCUGGAAUUCCCAUUUACAGCUUUACUUAAAGAGGUUUACGGAAAACUAGAUGAGGAAAAUCCUGAAGAAAAAAGACAAAACAAUACUCAUAAAAACACUAGAAAAAUGUAA